GUGUAUAGUUUCUAAUAGUUUCCGUCGCGGUGAGGCGACCUGCGGCGAACAGUCUUCGGACGAGCUGCUAGCACCUGCUAGUAUCCGAACGCGACGGGUCAACGACCGCAGAACUGUCACCGGUCACCGGCGCCUUGUGUUGUUUGUUGUGUUGUGGUGGACGUAAAUCUUGUUUAUUUAAUAUAGUUAAUAGUUAGCAUAACAAUAGAAAGCUGGAAGAUUGUCAUACAAGUGUUCUGCACAAGUUCGCAAACUUAUUUAGGUUCAAAAUGGCUCAGCUAAAGGAAUUAAAGGCCAAUCGGGGAUAUGUAAAAGGGGCGAUUAGUAGGUUAGAAACAUUUUGUACCUCAAACGAAUUCGCGACAGCAACACUUGAAGUGCUUGCUCAAAAAAAGGAAAGGGUGCUUAAAGCAUUUAAUGAUUACGAAGCGUACAAUAGAGCAAUCCUUGCUAUUGAGCCUGAGGAUGGUGAGUCGUAUGAAUUGUACGAAUCUAAAUGCGAUUUGUGUAUCGCCACGUUAAAUACGCGUCUACAUCCUGCGGAACCACCUGCGGCACAGACUACUGCAUCGACAUCUUCCGGACUAGAAGCAGGUAAAUUUAAAAAACUUCCGUGCAUUAAUAUUAAAACUUUUGAUGGCCAGAGUGUGAUGGACUAUCACCCAUUUAUAAAUAUGUUCAAAGCUGUCAUUGAUAUGGAUGCAAAAUUGAGCUCCUGCGAAAAACUGUACUAUUUACGGUCGUUUUUGGCAGGAGGAGCUUUAGAUUUGAUAAAGCAUUUAAUGCUUACAAAUGAAAACUAUGAGGUAGCCUUAAAACUCAUUGACGAUAGGUACAACAACAUACCAAAAAUUAUAAAUUUUCAUGUCAACAGUAUUAUUGACAUGCCAGUUUUGACAAAAUGUACAGCUUCUGGGCUGCGUUCCAUAGUGUCAACUGUAAAUAUGCAUCUUGCAGCAUUAAGAAACUUGAAUGAAAAAGUUGAGUUCUGGGAUACUAUAUUGGUCAAUAUUUUGUCUAGGAAGAUUGAUUCCUACACUUAUCGUGGAUUUCAUCUUGAGCGUGAUAUGAAAGAGGUUCCUAACUUGUGUGAAUUGCUUACUUUCCUAGAAAAAAGAGCAAUUGCGUUGGAAGCCACAAUGACGGAAGAGCCGAAGAAGCCGGUGAAAUCUGUUGUAAGUGCAGCAGCUGCCACUGGAGUCUCAUGCGUUCCAGUAUGUGUGCCGGCAGCUGACACCUGUGGGUCCAUAUUUGGUGAAGACGAGGUUCGGUCAUAUUGUAGGCGGGGCGCUGCCCUUCCCUGCUGGCAAGAGGUCUAUAAGUAACUAUUGUGUUACAUCUAAAGGUAAUCCUAUUGAUUUUAAUGUAGCUAGGGAUGAUUUGCAACCACCUUUCCCAUGUGUUAAACAAAGUGAGGUUUGCUUGCUGUCAAACGAUUGUAAACCUUCUGAAGACAUUGUUGAUAUAAUG